CCAACAUAAAGCUUGUACUCCAACCACUAUUAUUGUUGAAUGUCUUCUAGCUGCUAGUAAUAGUACUAUAUGUUUGAUUUGUUCAUUCUCUUCAAGUUCUAAAAUGGCUGACUUGAGUCUCUAUGUUGGUCUUAUCGGGAAUGUUAUAUCAGUCCUCCUAUUUCUUUCUCCAGUACCGACAUUUUGGAGAAUAAUAAAACAUGGAUCGACAGAAGAGUAUGAGAGCUUGCCUUACAUUUGUACGCUGCUAAAUUCAUUAUUAUGGACUUACUAUGGACUCAUCAAACCUGGGGAAUUACUGGUGGCUACAGUCAAUGGCUUCGGCGUUGUAGUUGAAGCGAUAUAUGUUAUCUUGUUCCUCGUCUAUGCACCUAAACAUCUGAAGGUUAAGAGUGCCGUCCUAGCCGGACUUCUGGAUGUCGGAUUUUUCGGAACGGCAGUUUUGGUCACUCAGCUGGCUUUGGAAGGGGAAGCUCGUAUGAACGCCAUUGGAUUUUUAGGCGCUGGACUCAAUAUCAUCAUGUAUGGCUCUCCUCUAGCUGCCAUGGGAACAGUGGUGAGAAGCAAAAGCGUGGAGUACAUGCCAUUCUUACUUUCAUUCUUUAUUCUCUUGAAUAGUGGUAUUUGGACUUUCUACGCCUUCCUCCUCCGUGAUUAUUACCUGGGCGUACCGAACGGGACGGGGGUGCUGCUCGGACUGAUGCAACUAGUGCUAUACGGGAUUUACAGAAAUUCCAAGACGUCAGAGAGUGGUGUUGUUUGUUCAGCUGAUGAAAUUGAAGAUGGAUUGUUGCAUGAGCCACUCGUCUCAGCUUCUAGUUGAUGCAUGUGUUCUUCAGAUUUAUCUCUUUUUACUCGUCCUCAAAAGUAGAUUAAAAUUUUGAUACCGAAAUUUUGAUGUAUAGCGUCUACCAAGAUUUUGUAAGAAACAAAUAUCUUGUAUACCCUAUAAUAUAUCAAAUUUGUUA